GGGCGGUUGCCACAGCUGGUUCAGGGGCCCUCCUGUAGGGGCCCCUUGUCAGGAGGAGGCAGUCUCCCGGAUUGGGGAGAAGUCGCUGCCACCUUGGGGCGGCGGACACGGUCCCCUGGGGCUGCUCCCUCACUGUCCUCUGCUGCCGGCCGGAGUUCGGUCUCCUGGGUUCAGGAGUAGCAACUGGACGUCUGAUGAUGCUUGACCGAGCAGCUCAAGCAGCAGCAAUUGCCACCCACAGGAUUUCCAAGCUGGGCGCAGCCUCUGUCUGUUUCCUUGUGUGAUUAUACAGCCCCUCCUGGACUGGGGAUCCCAAUCAUGUCGGUGAUGGUGGUGAGAAAGAAAGUGACCCGGAAGUGGGAGAAGCUCCCUGGCAGGAACACUUUCUGCUGUGAUGGCCGGGUCAUGAUGGCACGGCAAAAGGGCAUCUUCUACUUGACCCUCUUCCUCAUCCUGGGGACAUGUACACUCUUCUUCGCCUUUGAAUGCCGCUACCUGGCCGUGCAGCUGUCUCCUGCUAUACCUGUGUUUGCUGCCAUGCUGUUCCUCUUCUCUAUGGCUACCUUGUUGAGGACCAGCUUCAGUGACCCUGGAGUGAUCCCACGGGCCCUGCCAGAUGAAGCAGCAUUCAUAGAAAUGGAGAUAGAAGCUACCAAUGGCGCAGUGCCCCAGGGCCAGCGACCACCCCCGCGUAUCAAGAAUUUCCAGAUAAACAACCAGAUUGUGAAACUGAAAUACUGUUAUACAUGUAAGAUCUUCCGGCCUCCCCGGGCUUCCCAUUGCAGCAUCUGUGACAACUGUGUGGAACGCUUCGACCAUCACUGCCCCUGGGUGGGGAAUUGUGUCGGGAAGAGGAACUACCGCUACUUCUACCUCUUCAUCCUUUCUCUCUCCCUGCUCACAAUUUAUGUCUUCGCCUUUAACAUCGUCUAUGUGGCGCUCAAAUCCUUGAAAAUUGGCUUUCUGGAGACGUUGAAAGAAACUCCUGGAACUGUGCUAGAAGUUCUCAUUUGCUUCUUCACCCUGUGGUCCGUCGUGGGACUGACUGGAUUUCAUACUUUCCUCGUGGCUCUGAACCAGACAACCAAUGAAGAUAUCAAAGGAUCGUGGACAGGGAAGAAUCGUGUUCAGAAUCCCUAUAGCCAUGGCAACAUUGUGAAGAACUGCUGUGAAGUGCUGUGUGGCCCGUUGCCCCCCAGCGUGCUGGAUCGAAGGGGUAUUUUGCCACUGGAGGAGAGUGGAAGCCGACCUCCCAGCACUCAAGAGACCAGUAGCAGCCUCUUGCCACAAAGCCCAGCGCCAACAGAACAUCUGAAUCCAAAUGAGAUGCCCGAGGACUCUAGCACUCCGGAAGAGAUGCCACCUCCAGAACCCCCCGAGCCACCACAGGAGGCGACUGGAACUGAGAAGUAGCCUCUCCAUGGAAGAGACUUUUGUUUGUGUUCAUUAGGGCUAGGAGUGAUUUCAGGGGAGAAGAUAAACUUGAGACAGAGAGCAAUCAAACUGUUCAUUUGCGUCCUUUUCUUUAGUCCUUCAUCAACCAAUGGCACAGUGGCAUUUUCUUGCUGCAAGGCCUUUUUUUUUUAUUUUCUGUGCUCAAGGCAGUUAGCAAAGGAUGUCAUCAUCACUUGUAACUGGACAAAUGGAUCUCUUGCACUGGGAUACCUGUUUUCAUGUUCUCCAUAGGUUUUCCUGAAUUCCUCCCUCUCUGCCCUCCAGAUCGCAGCCCUCCAGAUUGGGGGCCGUUGAUCUCAAUUUGGGGCUUAAGAGUUUUUUUCAGACUAGGCUCUAGCUGCUCGAAGCUGCUGCUUGUGCCUAGUGUAGAGGUAAUUCUUGAGCCCGUUGGCCAGGGAAUUCUAACUGGAUUCUUGGGGCCUUCAGAAUUGAUGAAGAUGGAGAAAGAGAUUGGCAGAUUCUCUCAACUACAAAGUGCCAGCCUGGUCAGUUAGUCCUUUUAGGAAUGAGGCAGAUACCUUCUACUUGUUGUAUUUAUUCAUGUAGUUUCUCCUUUGCCCCCACCCCCCAUCUACUCUUUAAUACCCAAGUUCCCCUAUCUUCCCUUUAGAUACAUGUAAGUAAGUGUAGUGAAGAUAACAAUUUACAUUUUCCGUAGAACCCCCAGAAUCUUUUUAAUACCUAUGCUAUUCUCAAGUAAGAAUGAAUGAAAUGCCAACAAUGUAGCUCUUCACACUCUCUGUCUCACUCCUCCCUUCUCAUUAGCCCCUUUUAAUUUGUUUUUCAUUUUGACUUUGCUCUCACAAGGAGCAGGAAUGGCAGUAAUAAAAGUCUGCACUCUGGUCCUUCCUUUUCCUCAGAGGAAGCCCGAGUGCUCACUUAAACACUACCCCCUCAGACUCCCUGUGUGAGGCUUUCAAAGGCCCUGAAUGCACAAUGGGGAAACCAAGGCACAGAGAGGCUCUCCUCUCCUUUCCUCUCCCCUUAUGUCCCCUUAAACAAACAAAAACCACACACACACAGAGGAAAAAAAAAAAAAAAGAAAACAAAUGAAUAACCAGUACUUCCAUUAAGCCUCGGCUGAGUGAGGGAAAGCCCAGCACUGCUGCCCUCCCGGGUAACCCACUCCAAGGCCUCAGCCCACCUCGAGCUAUGGUAACCACACCGGGGUCUUCCUCCAAGCCCCACUCUUCCAGCACUUCCACCGGCAGAGUCCCAGAGCCACUUCCCCCAGGGGGUGGGCUGCGGCCCCCAGUCAGCUCUGCUCAGGACCUGCACUAUUUCAGGGAAGAAGAUUUCUGUAUUAUAUGUGGCUAUAUUUCCUAGAGCCCCUGCAUUUUUCUCUUUCUAAGCCAGGGUCCUGUCUGGAUGACUUUAUGGGGAGGGGGGAGGGAGCGUAAACCAGAACUUUUAAUCUAUUUGAAGGCAAUUAAACUGUGUCUAAUGCAAACUGCUUGCCUCCUCCUUCCCCGUCCAUUUCAAGAACCACCUUGGGACUGUGUGGGGCGUUGUGGGUGGGGGUUAGAGGGAUUGUUUGUUAACCACCCUUACUUCUAUUUUCCAGGGGACCUCUAGGGUGGAGUGAUAGCUCCCAGACUCUUCAUUGGAAUGUAAUACAUGCUAGGGUGAAGUUGAUCUUCUUCUAAGACUAUGGAGAAAUGACUUUCAAGUCAGUAUAUGGUGUUAGCAAGUUCAGAAGGUUGGGAGAUAUUAUUUCCUGCCAAGUUCAAAUUCUUUAUUAGGAGAUUGCUUGAAAGCGGAUGGAUGCUGUUGAUUGCAAGCAAGUCUUGGUUGGUAAAGCAGGCUCAUCAGGGCCUUCCCCUGGAAAUAUUUUGUGAGUGAUCUUUUUACAAGUGAUGUUAUGUAGUUCUUUUUAAGUGGUCUAAUACGUAUUCAGGAUUCCUUACCAGUUUCUGUCUCACUCAGUGAAUUGGAAGUAAUGGAAUUUGGCUGCUUCCAGAUCUUUUACUCUGUGUCUUCCUAUUCCUUGUGGCAGGAUUUGAGGUUAGCAUUUGAUACAAAGAGAAAA